AUGCGCUUCACUCCAAGCAUCCUCUCGGGUUUGACCCUGCUGUCAGGCUCUGCCGUGUUAGCUCACCCUGGCCACGAUAUCAACAAGGAGAUUGCUGCUCGUCAGGAAUAUCUCACCUCCGUCAAGCGCACCAACCUCGCCCACUGCACAGAGACUCUCAAAGCACGAGGCAUCGAGAGACGAAACGUUGCUCGACGACAGGCCAAGCUCGAAGACGCGAGGGUAAAGAGAGGGUUGAAGAAGCGUGACCUUGGCACUGUGCUGGGCACAUCUCACAAUGCCACCGACCUUGGAUACACACUGGAUACUCCCGCCGAUGAGUUGUUCAGUGGUGUCAACGGCUCUUGCCUCCUGAGCCCUGAAGCAACUCAGGGUCCAUAUUAUGUCGGUGGUGAAUACGUUCGUGAGGACAUUAUCGAGGAGCAGGAAGGUGUCGACACAAUCCUGGACUACCAAGUCAUCGAUGUUGAUACCUGCGAGCCCGUACCCGAUGUCUACGUCGAGAUGUGGCACUGCAACGCGACGGGUGUGUACUCUGGCAUUGUAGCUGGCGGCAACGGCAAUCAGGCCGAUACCGACAACAUUGACACCACCUUUCUCCGUGGCAUCCAAAAGACGGACGAGGACGGCGUUGCCCAGUUUGAGACCAUCUUCCCUGGUCACUACCUCUCACGCACCAACCACAUCCACAUUCUUGUACACGCCGCCAACUCGACCGCCCUGUCCAAUGACACGAUUGGAAACGCCAUCUGGUCGAGCCACGUCGGUCAGACAUUCUUUGACCAGGAUCUCAUUGAUGCCGUCGAGCUCCUUGAACCCUACAACACCAACUGGCAGCCAGUCACUCUUAACGAGGACGACAACGUUCUCCAAGGCGAGACUAGAACCGACGGAAUUGAUCCCGUGUUCCAGUACACGCUGCUUAGUGAGGAUAUCGCUGAUGGCCUGUUUGGCUGGGUCGCUUUUGGCAUCAACACGACUCGGGCUUCGAGUGUCAGCCCUGCUGCAUUUUAUUAUGAGGAUGGAGGAAUGGUCAACCCAGCCAAAAACAAUAGCGCUCCACCUGGACCUCCCCCAAGCGAUUAA